AAAGAGGAGAGGUGAAGCAAAGUGAUCGCCACUCAUUACGCGUUAAAAUGCGGAGCGAACCCCUUCGUUUUAGAAAAAAAAAAAUAAACAAAUGAGUGAUUCGCCGCCAUUGGUGCGAUUUUAAAUGUAGCUAAGUUGGGGAGAGAGCCACAUCGCACCAUGGUUAGAUGCAAAAAAGGGGGGUGCAUAUGUGACUUGGCAAUAGGGCAAUUUGGCAGUAGCGCAAUUUGGCAACAUGGCAAUUUGCCGAAUCGGUGAACCAGCGAGAGAAAACGAAUGACAGGAUAGCGGCACAGCUGCUAUCGUCGCAGUGGGAAUUACCCAAGCGGAACGAUCCAGCGGUGGAAGACCCCAAAACAUGGCGCGACAGCAAAAGGCCGCGCGCAAAGCAGCCCAAAAUAAAGUGAGAAUCAAGCGCGGAGACGUAGGGGCCACGGAAAAGAAAAUCAAUAAAUUAGGGUUUUAUACCUACACAUUUUUACAACGCUGAAAUGGGGGAAAAUGAAUAUACUAUAUUUUCCCACCUUGAGUUUCUCCCUGCACAUUUUUAUGAACGCACUCAACUGUUGCAAAGCGCAUUUUGUGGCUAGCAAACUUUCGCCUACCAACAACGUGUUAGUAACGAACGUACAGGCGAGUAACCAGUUCAGUUACGAAAAGAGAAUUCCACAAGUUGAGAGAAGCUUGGUAGGAUUCUCCCCUUAUAGGGGGAUUCGAAACAAGAGGAAAUGCUUCCACUACCUCAGAAUACAUGCCAUAGGGGGGGAAGCCCAAUUUGGCAAAAAACUCAACUCAGUGGUGCCUUCAAAAAGGGGAAAAUUCCCCAACGUGCGCAAUUUACAAGUUAGGGGGGAGAAGAACACUCAAAAUGGUGAUGAGGUGAACAGCGGCACUGACAUGAGAAGUGGUAAUAAUGGUCUUCACACAAACGAUGGGGCGAAAGAAAAGAUGAAUGGUAACCAGGAAUGCCUCAUCAACCCAGAAGUGAUAAAAAAUAUAAAAGAAAACCAAAGUGGAGAUGAUGCGGGUACCCCGUCCAAUGAAGCAGAAAGGGGAAAUUUCCAUCUGCUGGAACAUUUCACAUCGGAAGGUGACAAUUCCCUAGUUAGCAAUUUAAAACCGGAAGAAAGCAAAGAACUUAUAGAUAGCAAUUACUUUAAAAAGAUGAUGGACGAUUUGAAUUUAAAAGAGGAAGAAAUUAUGAAGCUGCUUAAAAGAAGCGAAAAGAAUGUUUCCAGCUUGAUUAACAAAAAUUUAUCUCUGGAGCAGAUUGAAAAAAAUGCGAAAAAUGAAGAGGCGCAAAAUGAAGAGCUCUUUGAUACCUACAUGAACAGCAACAGCUCCAAAGUUGGGAACUUUAUUAACUUUAAAAAAAUUGGGAAAAAAUAUAAAGACGUUAUUUCGCAUGUUAUAGCCAUUUUUUUGAGCAAGGGGAAAAAAUUUACCGAAAUGGCUAAGCAGAUAGAGGAAGACAAAAACGAAAUUAACAUGUGCGUCUCCCUUUUGGAAGAAAAUAUCCUUUUCAACAGUUUGAGCAAAGAUGUCAUCAUCGAAAUUGUUAAGAAGUCCGUUUUACUGGGACACUUGAAUGAGAAGUUUUCAAACGACGCAGAGAAUUUUGAGUGGAGCAAACAGGUCGAAAGCUGCAUCAUGCAGUCCGUAUGUAAUCAUAAUUUUAAAAUAAAAUUUAUUACAUACUCGAAUAAUAGCAUUAGUGUGACUGUGGUCAGCUCGAAAAAUGUGCAUAUCGAUUCGGAUGAGUACGACGAGAUUGAGGCUUCCAUAAAGAAUGCCCUGGAGGACUAUGAACGGGCUAAUGGCCUCGACAUUUUCUCCUCCUUCAACAUUCUCGUGCACUUUAGUUGA